AUGGUAGACGAGGCUGAAUUAGUAAAUGAUUAUGAAGAGGAAGUACAAUUUAUUGAUGAGUUUGCUCCAAAUUCUGAUGAUGAGGAAAUAGAAGUUGAAAUCAAUGAGGAUGAAGUGCAACUUAGGGGUGAAUUGCAAGUAGUUGUCGAUGAUGUUACUGGUUAUGUUGGAAGUGAAGAUGAAUUUGAUAGUUUCAGUGACACUGAGUAUGAGCAUAGUGAUGAUAUUGUUGACUUUGAUUGGACCACAGUUCUGCCUUCCGAGAUCUUAUUUGAUAAGGUGAACAAUUCUGACGCUGAUGAUGACUCUGAUGUGUUGCUUACACCUCCUGCUAGUGAAGAUGAUGAGGAACAUCAAAAGUUUCCUGCCUAUAAAAGUGGAGAGGUAUUCAAGUUUCAACUAGGUAUGAUGUUUAACAACAAAGAUAUGGUCAGAGAUGCUUUGAAGGAGUAUGCAAUGAAGAUGAAUAAAAAUGUUGCUCUGAAGAAAAAUGAUGGAAAGAGAAUGGUAGUAAAAUGUAUGGAUGGCUGCAAGUUCUACAUGAGAAUUACCAAAAGGGUAGGGAACCAAUUUUGGCAAGUUGUAAGUCUCAUUGAUGAACAUACAUGCUAUCGAACUGCACAUAAUAGGCAGGCAAAGACAACAUGGCUCGCCAAGAAAUUUGCACAUAUUUUAAGGCAUAGCCCUGACAUGAAACCUGUGGGAUUGAUUGCUGAAGCUGUUGAUAGAUGGGGAGUAAAAUUGUCCCACGAUAAGGCAUAUAGAGCCAAAAGAAGGGCUAUGGAGUUAAUCCAAGGUGCUGGUAUGGACCAAUUCACCCAUUUAAGGCGUUAUGCGCAAGAGUUGCUAAAGUCAAACCCUAAUAGUAAUGUUGUGGUGCAAUGUGCUGAUUCUAAUGAAGGUCCCGUGUUUGAGAGGAUUUAUGUAUGCUUAGAUGCUUGCAAGUCUGGAUUUGAAAAAUAUUGCAGGCCACUUAUAGGUUUAGAUGCUUGUUUUUUGAAAGGAGACUAUGGUGGACAAUUAAUGGCAGUUGUGGGGAGAGAUGGAAAUAACAAGAUAUAUCCUAUUGCUUAUGCUGUUGUGGAGGCCGAGACAAAAGACUCUUGGGAGUGGUUCAUCAACAUUUUAAUGGAAGACCUGGAAAGCCUAAACCAUAGGGCUUAUGCCUUCAUUUCAGACCAACAAAAGGGCCUAGUACCAGCAGUGCAAAGUGUGAGUGUUCAUGUGGAGCAACGCCUUUGUGUGAAGCAUUUAUAUGGGAAUUGGAAAAAGAAAUAUCCUGGGUUGGAAUUGAAAGAGAUUAUGUGGAGUGCUGCAAGGGCUACAACAGUUGCAGCGUGGGAGAGGGCAAUGCUAAGGAUGAAAAGUUUAAAUAAAGCUGCUUGGAAGGAAAUGAAUGAUAUCCCUGCACAACACUGGAGCAGGUCACACUUCAAGACUUAUUCUAAAUGUGACCUACAGGUAAAUAACAUGUGUGAAGCAUUUAAUAGGGCAAUUUUAGAAUAUAGAGAUAAACCAAUCAUCACUAUGUUAGAAGGGAUUAAACAUUAUUUGACUAAGAGAAUCACUACUCAGAAGGAUGCAUUAAGCAAGUAUAAUGGUGAUAUUUGCCCUAGAAUACAGUUGAAUCACCAUGGUACUUAUGGACUUAAGCCUUAUAGUACUCCAGGACUGUCAUGA